GGACACAGUUCAAAAGCAGCUAAAGCAGACAAGAAUCUGGGGCAGCCAGUAUUGUACCACCUGCCAAAGCUUGGCACAAACAAUCUGGAAACCAAAAAUUACACAUGCUGCAGAACAAAGCAAGUAGUUCUGGCCUCGCUGGGAUCUGGAUCCUGGUUUCCAGUGCUAAGAACACAAAGUCAUGAAGGUGAAGGAGGAAAAGGCUGGGAUAGGAAAACUGAACCCCACGAACUACAGGAGGAGGUGUGCAAAUCAGAGAGACUGCUCUUCUGUCCACGCCGGACUUUCAGUCUCCAGUUACCCUCAAAGAAAAAGUGACCAAAAGGGACAUCUUUCAGGCCUGCAAAAAGUCCACUGGGGCUUGCGACCAGACAGGCCACAGCAGGAACUGACCAGCCUCGGGAGUGGGGCAAGCAGCCAAGACAGCAGUGUGGACCUUAUCAGCAGAACACGGUCCCCAGCUGCUGAGCAGCUCCAGGACAUCCUGGGGGAGGAAGAUGAGGCUCCCAACCCCACCCUCUUCACAGAGAUGGACACCUUGCAGCAUGACGGAGACCAGAUGGAGUGGAAGGAGUCGGCCAGGUGGAUAAAGUUUGAAGAAAAGGUAGAGGCAGGAGGAGAACGCUGGAGCAAGCCCCAUGUGUCCACACUGUCGCUGCACAGCCUCUUCGAGCUUCGCACCUGCCUGCAGACGGGAACAGUGCUGCUGGAUUUGGACAGCGGCUCCUUGCCACAGAUCAUAGAUGAUGUCAUUGAAAAGCAAAUCGAGGAUGGGCUCUUGAGGCCUGAGCUGCGGGAGAGGGUCAGCUACGUCCUUCUGAGAAGGCAUCGUCACCAAACUAAGAAGCCCAUCCACCGCUCUUUGGUCGACAUUGGGAAGUCAGUCUCCACCACAAAUCGCAGCCCUGCCAGGAGCCCUGUGGCUGGCCCAAGUCUCCACCAUUCCACUGAAGACCUGCGGAUGCGGCAGACUGCAAAUUACGGACGCCUGUGUCAUGCCCAGAGCAGAAGCAUGAAUGACAUUUCUCUCACCCCAAACACAGACCAGCGGAAAAACAAAUUCAUGAAGAAGAUCCCCAAGGACUCAGAAGCCUCUAAUGUGCUCGUGGGCGAGGUGGACUUUUUGGAUCAGCCAUUCAUAGCAUUUGUGCGUCUCAUCCAGUCUGCCAUGCUGGGAGGAGUGACCGAGGUGCCUGUCCCCACGAGAUUUCUGUUUAUAUUGUUGGGACCUUCUGGGAGAGCAAAAUCCUACAAUGAAAUUGGCCGCGCCAUUGCAACCCUCAUGGUAGAUGAUCUCUUCAGCGACGUGGCCUAUAAGGCCCGCAACCGGGAAGAUCUGAUCGCAGGAAUUGAUGAGUUUCUGGAUGAGGUCAUUGUCCUUCCCCCUGGAGAGUGGGAUCCAAAUAUCCGAAUUGAGCCCCCCAAAAAAGUGCCCUCUGCUGACAAGAGGAAAUCCGUGUUCUCCCUGGCUGAGCUGGGCCAGAUGAACGGCUCUGUGGGAGGAGGUUGCGGAGCCCCCGGAGGAGGCGGUGGCGGCGGCUGUGGCGGCGGAGGUGGUGGGGCUGGUGGCAAUGGGGCUGGUGGAGCAAGCGGCGGGGAUGAUGGAGAGAUGCCAGCUAUGCACGAAAUCGGGGAGGAGCUUAUCUGGACAGGAAGGUUCUUCGGUGGCCUGUGUCUGGAUAUCAAGAGGAAGUUGCCGUGGUUCCCAAGUGACUUCUAUGACGGUUUCCACAUUCAGUCCAUCUCUGCCAUCCUAUUCAUCUACCUCGGCUGUAUCACCAACGCGAUCACCUUUGGUGGGCUUCUAGGGGAUGCCACCGACAAUUACCAGGGAGUGAUGGAGAGCUUCCUGGGCACUGCCAUGGCUGGCUCCUUGUUCUGUCUCUUCUCGGGACAGCCUCUCAUCAUCCUCAGUAGCACGGGGCCCAUCCUCAUCUUCGAGAAACUCCUCUUCGACUUCAGCAAAGGCAAUGGCCUGGACUACAUGGAAUUCCGCCUCUGGAUUGGCCUACACUCAGCCAUCCAGUGCCUUAUCCUGGUGGCCACAGAUGCCAGCUUUAUCAUCAAAUAUAUCACUCGCUUCACCGAGGAGGGCUUCUCCACCCUCAUCAGCUUCAUCUUCAUCUACGACGCCAUCAAGAAGAUGAUUGGUGCCUUCAAGUACUACCCCAUCAACGUGAACUUCAAGGCUGACUCCAUCACCACCUACAAGUGCGAGUGCGUCGCCCCUGACACAGUGAACGCAACCGGGUUCAAUGCUUCGGCCCCACUGGCACCAGAUACCAAUGCUUCUCUGUACAAUUCCCUUAACCUCACAGCACUGGACUGGUCCCUGCUGAGCAAGAAGGAGUGUCUGAGCUAUGGCGGGCGCCUGCUCGGGAAUUCCUGCCAGUUCAUCCCUGACCUGGCACUCAUGUCCUUCAUCCUUUUCUUCGGGACAUACUCCAUGACCCUGACCCUGAAGAAGUUCAAAUUCAGCCGCUAUUUUCCUACCAAGGUCCGGGCGCUGGUGGCUGACUUUUCCAUUGUUUUCUCCAUCCUGAUGUUCUGUGGAAUUGAUGCCUGUUUCGGCCUGGAAACCCCCAAGCUGCACGUGCCCAGUGUCAUCAAGCCCACACGGCCUGACCGAGGCUGGCUCGUGGCCCCUUUUGGGAAGAACCCAUGGUGGGUGUACCCAGUGAGCAUCCUGCCUGCCCUGCUGGUGACCAUCCUGAUCUUCAUGGACCAGCAGAUCACAGCCGUCAUUGUCAAUCGGAAGGAGAACAAGCUGAGGAAGGCUGCUGGCUACCAUCUGGACCUGUUCUGGGUGGGCAUCCUCAUGGCCCUGUGCUCCUUUAUGGGGCUCCCCUGGUAUGUGGCUGCCACGGUCAUCUCCAUCGCCCACAUCGACAGCCUCAAGAUGGAGACGGAGACCAGCGCCCCUGGGGAGCAGCCCCAGUUCCUGGGAGUCAGGGAACAGAGGGUGACUGGUAUCAUCGUCUUCAUCCUGACAGGAAUCUCUGUCUUCCUGGCUCCCAUCCUGAAGUACAUCCCCCUGCCGGUGCUGUAUGGAGUCUUCCUCUACAUGGGUGUGGCCUCACUGAAUGGCAUCCAGUUCUGGGACCGCUGCAAGCUCUUCCUGAUGCCAGCCAAGCACCAGCCGGAUCACGCCUUCCUGCGGCACGUGCCUCUGCGCCGGAUCCACCUCUUCACCCUGGUGCAGAUCCUCUGCCUGGCGGUGCUCUGGAUCCUCAAGUCCACCGUGGCCGCCAUCAUCUUCCCAGUCAUGAUCCUGGGCCUCAUCAUUGUUCGAAAGCUUCUAGACCUCAUCUUCUCCCAGCAUGAUCUGGCCUGGAUCGACAACAUCAUCCCAGAGAAGGAAAAAAAGGAAACAGACAAGAAGAGGAAGAGGAAGAAAGGGACCCAUGAGGACUGUGAUGAGGAGCCCCAGUUCCCUCCUCCCUCAGUUAUAAAGAUUCCCAUGGAAAGUGUCCAAUCAGAUCCCCAAAACGGUAUCCACUGCAUCGCCAGAAAAAGGUCUUCCAGUUGGAGUUACUCACUCUGAUUCUUCCUUCAGUGACUCAGAACUUGAUCGAAGCAUCACCUUGCACUUCAAAAUCUCCUGUCCAGCUUCACCUGCUUUCAACUACCCACGAAGUCCAGUGUUCAUGGUGCCACAGGUGAAAAUAGAGAUGGAGUCAGACUAUGACUUCACAGAUAUGGACAAAUAUCGAAGAGACACUGACAGCGAGACCACC